GCUAAGUGCGGACCUAUCUUGUUGACAAAUGGAGGAUAAUGUAUGAAAAUCUCCGGCGAUAAAUAUUUUUUUUACCACACAUUGCAUUUACAUCGUCGAGAACAGAUAACUUUAUCAAAAAUGCCACCAAAAAAGCCGGCUCCCGUGAAAGCACCAGUAAAACCUGCAGCAAAAGCUGCACCCAAACCAACAGGGAGGGGAGCACCUGCAAAACGAGGUGCCCCGGCUGCAGGAGUGAAAAGAGGUGGUGCAGCUGGACCAGCUGCGGCUAAAGGUAAGGCUGAGCCAGCAAAACCUAAAGCAAAAGUCUGGACAAAACAGGAUGAAGCGGCCAAGAAAAUUCAAACACAGAUCAGAGUGUUUUUGGCCAGAAAGACAGUCGCCAGAAAGAGAAAAGAAAAACAGGACUAUGAUGAACUCAUGGAUAAAAUUGAAAAAGAGGCAUUUAUGAAAAUCGUUCAAAUGGAGCAAGAACAAGCAGAUCGUGAGCGUAAGAAGGAAGAGGAGGAGAGGCGGAGAAGGCAAGCUGAAACAAAGAGGAGGAAGAGGAUGCUGGAGGCAGCCUUUGAGGGAGAUAUUGAUGAAAUAAUGGCGAUUCUUCAGGAGGUAAAAGAAUUGGAUGAUAAAAAUGAGGUAGGGACAGACUCAAUUGGUAUGGCCAUCAGAAAUAAACAUGAGAUGGCUGUCAUAGAAUGUGAGGAUCCCAAUGAAAACACACCACUCUCUGAGGCUGGAAAUGGUGGAAGUGUGGACACCAUACGGCUACUUUUAGAGAAGGGAGCUGACCCCAACACACAGGGUCAGUUCGGCCGCACACCACUGUACCGAGCAGCUUUUGCAGGACACUUGGAAGCUUGUCAGCUGCUCCUCCAGAAUGGUGCAGACCCGCGGAUAUAUGCAAGUGACAGCCAGACACCUCAACAGAUAGCCUCUCAGAAGGCUGUACAAGAACUGAUAAAAGACUGGGAUGUUGCCCAAACAGACAUCCUUCUGGCUAAACUUGAAACUGCAAAAGAGCAACGCUUGGAAGAACAGAGAAAGAGAAAUGAGUUUGAACAGAGCAAAUUGGAGAGCAAGUUGGAGUCUAUUCAGCAUGAGUAUGAUAUUCUACAGAAACAGCUAAAUAAGGCUUACGCAGAGCUUGAAAAGAGGAUCUCGGAGCAUGAUGAAGCAGUGUCCAGUGGUUUUGACCGUCCAGAAAUCACACUACAGGCUAUUCAUGAUUAUGAAGAUGAAGUUGAGAUUUUAAAACUUAAUACGGAAAAGGCAAGAGAGAAGUUAGCAAAUGCCAAGCUAGAACUUCGUGAACAGAAGAGAGCAGGACAAUCUGCUUUGGGUGAAGAUGAACUACCAGGGGUUAAGGUGAUGACCCGUGAACUGGAAGAUGUCCUGCUAAGGGAUGUGGGGAAUAAAAUCAAAGACUCUGGCAUGUGGCCACUGAUCAUUGACCCCAAUGCUCAGGUCGCGACCUUCCUACGUUACCGUGACACCAACUACCUCAAUGCCCUCAGUCCGGCCCAGAUGGAGGCUGACAAAGCCAGGCUGGCCAUUAUUGGGUCUAUCAGGUAUGGUAAACCCCUGGUGUUGGACAUGAUGGAGGUGGAUAUGUUUGACACGGUCACCAUGAGGUUUGAUGAAAUUCUUGAGGGCCUCAUGAGCAAGAUCAUGGACAGAAGCAUUUUAGAAGAGGAAAAUUACUUGAAAAUAGUGAAAAAAUCUGAUGGAGAUGAGUAUGCAAAGACAAAAUUUAACGACUUACGAACAAAAAAUUUCAAAUUUGUUAUCAUCACCAAGAAUCCAUAUCCACCAGAGGAACUACUGGAGAAGACCUAUGUUAUUCGUAUGUAUGUACCUACCUGAACUACUGGAGAAGACCGAUGUUAUUGGUAUGUAUGUACCUACCUGAACUACUGGAGAAGACCUAUGUUAUUCGUAUGUAUGUAACUUCCUGAACUACUGGAGAAGACCUAUGUUAUUUGUAUGAAUGUACCUACCUGAGGUGGACUAACAAAAUUUAUAUUGUAAUAAUAAUAAUAUACAACAUUUAUAUAGCACCCUAUAUAAUUUGUAAAACUACUCUAAAGCACUUUCGAUUGUAAGAACAUUAGAGGAUGACCCUGCACUGCUCUCUGGUAAUUUAUAGUACUACUGGGGGGAGGACUGCUCUCUGGUAAUUUAUAGUACUACUGGGGGGAGGACUGCUCUCUGGUAAUGUAUAGUACUACUGGGGGGAGCACUGCUCUCUGGUAAUUUAUAGUACCACUGGGGGAGGACUGCUCUCUGGUAGGUAAUUUAUAGUACCACUGGGGGAGGACUGCUCUCUGGUAAUUUAUAGUACCACUGGGGGAGGACUGUUCUCUGGUAAUGUAUAGUACCACUGGGGGAUGACUGCUCUCUGAUAAUUUAUAGUACCACUGGGGGAGGACUGCUCUCUGGUAAUGUAUAGUACCACUGGGGAAGGACUGCUCUGUGGUAAUGUGUAGUACCACUGGGGGAGGACUGCCCUCUGGUAGGUAAUUUAUAGUACCACUGGGGGAGGACUGCUCUCUGGUAA